UAAUUAAGCGGGGAUCAAUAACUUACUUUCCACAAAAGCUCAGACACGACAGAACAUAUCAACAGUGGAGGUGAGGAGAAUCACCAACGAUCGAAGGAACCACUCUCAUAUAUGCAUGGCUCUAGAGAACAUCUGUCCCCCGCAUACUCUUAUGAGAGAUACCGAAGCCUCUACACCACACAGAUCUUGUGCAUAACAUUUGAGUCCAUCGCAUCUUUUCGACACUAGCCUACCGCGCCAGCAUGCCGUACAUCAUGGAAAUCUACACCGACGGUGGCUGUAGAGGCAACGGCCGAUCAGGAGCCAUCGGUGCUGCCGCCGCCGUUUUCAAAAACAAAUUUGGAAAAUGCACCGGUUGGACAAGACCCUUACCCAAAUAUCCCGCACCCACAAACCAGCGGGCUGAAAUCACGGCCAUUAUUCUUGCGCUGGAGACAGCCCUGGAAAAGCUCGAAGAGCUGGACACACGUCCGUACUUAGAUGUCAAGAUAUAUUCAGAUUCCAGAUACGCAAUCGGGUGUAUGACAAAAUGGAUCUAUAAGUGGGCAAAUAACGGAUGGACCAAUGCUGCAGGCAACGAAGUUGCGAAUCGGGAUCUGAUUGAACAGGCCUCUGAUCUUGACGAUAGAUUGAAAGAAGAAGGAGACGUGGAGUACAUCUGGAUUCCGAGGGAGAAGAAUCAGACGGCGGAUGAAAUGUGCAAUGAUGAGAUGGACGAACAAUGCAGAAAGGCUGAAACCUCAUCUGAUGACUCUGAUUAUUAUUAUUAUUGAAUUGAUUGCUAGUUGCGAGAGCAUUGUUUUCACUCUGGGAGGAUGAUAGGCACAGGUCUGAAC